AUGGUGCUUGAAGUGUUAAUCAAUCGACGCUUUCUACUACUUGGUACUGUCAUCACCUUAGUUAUCUUUGUAUUUUUUGUUUAUAUAUAUUCACUGGAAAAUGUCUACGAUGGUGAUUUUGUAUUGAAGAAGUUUGUUAUGUGGAAUAUUCAGCAGAAUAAGAUAAAGGACGUUUCUCGAGUUACUCAGCCGAUCUCUGAUGAAACCACUCCAAAAUUACCGGAUCAUAUGUGCUACAAAAACGAGCCAUUCAUCGUUCUAGAAAGCUGCGUAGCUUGUUCUCAGUUUGAGCGGAAUGCUGUAAAAGCAGCUUAUUGCGUUGAAACCGAUUUCUAUGAUAAAGUUAACUGUACGAGAAGUAAACACCUUGGAUUGAAGCCGUGCUAUAAAACGACAAAUCAGUCAACAAAGUUUAAUUUAUUCACAUUAUUUUCUGCUGUGUGCUCUGCUUCUAGCUAUGGCUUUGUGAAUUGGAGACAAAAUGUGCUUCGUAAGCAAGGCUUUAUGAGAUUGCAGAAUCAAUUUAAUUAA